AUGUCCUUCGCCAUGGAGGACAACUUGGAAUCCGGCUGGGUGUCCGUUCGGCCCAGAGCGUUCGACGAGAAAGAGCGGCACAAAUUCGCUUUCAUCGUGGCUUGGAACGACGUCGAGGGAAAGUUCGCCAUAACCUGCCAUAACCGGACGGUACAGAAGCGGACUUCUUACCUAGACCCGCUUCUAGACUGGAGCCCGGUCGUGGAAGACAAGCAGUCCGAGACUAAUUCGGCGAAAGUUCGGCCGACGGGAAAAGUUGAGGGUUGGGACAAGGUGACCGACGUGGAGGAAACCGAGGCAGGCGGCCGCCAGGACUUUAGCUGGGCCGGCCUCUUUUCCUUCCAGGAGCUCCGGUCGGCUCACCUCCAGCUGUGCGCCGUCAACGCCGAGCUGGAGCCCUGCUUGCCGGCCUUCCCGGAGGAGCCGUCCGGCGUGUGGUCGCUUCUCUUCGGCGCCGCGGCCACGUCGUCGGAGCGGGAGAUGGAGGCGCUGUGCUACCAGCUGCAGGUGUAUCUGGUCCACGCUCUGGAUACCUGCGGAUGGAAGAUCUUCUCGCAGGUGCUGUUCACCGACAGCGACGACACGGAAGAGUACUACGAGAGUCUGAGCGAGCUUCGGAGAAAAGGAUACGAGGACGGCUUGGACAGAGCCAAAAGGCGCCUCCAGGAGGUGUUGGACAAGCACCGGGCGUCGGACAGCAUGGUGGAGCUGCUGCAGGUCUACGAGGAGGAGGACGAAGCGUACGGCCAGAUGCUGGACGCCGCCACCCAGCUCUACCACUAUCUACUCCAGCCCUUUCGGGACAUGAGGGAGCUGGCCAUGCUGAGACGGCAGCAGAUUAAGAUCUCGCUGGAGACCGAGCGCCUGGGCCCUCGCCGGGUGGACGGCUUGAGAAGGGAGGACGAGGAGUGGCAGAAGAAGGCGCACGCUGCCGUCCUAGCCAUCCAGGACUUGACCGUCAAGUUCUUUGAAACCACCAAUCGAGCACAGAAAGCGCUGUUCGAGCGUAUGCGAGCCGACCAAAGGAGGUUGGGAAAGUCGGCGUGGGUAGCGGCGGUGGAGCGGAUGGAAUCGCUGCAGUACGCCGUCUCCAAAGAAACGUUGCAGCUGAUGCGAGCCAAGGAAAUCUGCCUUGAGCAGAGGAAGCACGGUCUCAAGGAGGAGAUGCGGAGCCUGCAGGGAGGUGAGGAUGCCAUGCAGCACCUGGACCAGCUGGAGGCGCUGUACUACGAACUCCAACUUCAGCUGUAUGACAUCCAGGCCGAAGUGCUGCGCUGCGAAGAGACGCUGCUCACCGCGCAGUUGCAAAGUCUCCGUAGACAGAUUACAGAGAGGCAGGACGAGGUGGUGUACUACGAUGCCUUCGAGAGCCCCGACGCCAUGACGGAGGAGUCUGCCUGUCCCGCGCCUCCUCCGCCCCUCCGGGAUGAAGAGGAACUGGGGGUCUUGCGGCAGAGAACUCGGCAGCUGGAGGCCCGCCGGGGGCGCAUCAACACCAAGAAAGUCUACCUCAAAAACAAGAAGGAAAUCUGCAUCUCCAAUCACAAACAGAAGCUUGAAGAGCGUCAGGGCGUCCUCACUCACAACACGUCCUUGCAGCAGCGGGAAACGGAAGAAGAGGAAAUUGAGCGGAACGCGCGAGUGAGUUUAGAGAGGCAGACGACUCUGGACCGACUUCGUAGCCUGAAUCAGCGUUAUCCCGGCCACGUGACCCUGAGGUCCAGUCGCAUGAAGUUGUUUCAAACGCGGCGGCGAGCGGGUCCACCUCCCUGCACGCAAGCGGCAGGCGUCCAAACCGACCGCGUCGUGUCGGACCUGCCCCAACUCUCGGCGCCUCCUCAGGAAGACGCCUGCGAGUCCUUACCCGCCGUCCUCCUGAACCAGCCGGACUCUCCUUCUCCAGAGUUCCUCUCCCUACCCGCAUCUGUAGUCACCCUGGGUGCCGUCCCUCCGCCACCGCCUCCGCUCCCUCCUCCGCCGCCACCGCCCGCCAGCGCGGUGCCGCGUCCGGCGAUACCACGCGAGUCCGGGCCCGCCUCGCUGCCCUUGGCUCCCUUUUCGCCACGCUUUUUCGACAGCAGCCAGCUGUUGACAGCCAGGAAGAAGCUGAAAAAGACGGCUGAGGGCGCCACUCAGUGGAGGAGAGCGAGCUCCCCGAUGGACGAGGUGCUGGCGUCCCUGAAGCGCGGCAGCUUCCACCUGCGCAAAGCCGAACUGCGCGUGUUGGGCCCCGACCCGGACGACGAUGCCGACAACAUCCUGGCGCAGAUCCGUCAGGGCGUACGUCUCCGGCAGGUGCGCGCCCCGCCCGAGCGGCCGCGCCGCACCGCCGACCGCUCGGCCGACGCCCUGACGCGGAGCAUCCACGAGGCGCUGCGCCGGAUCAAGGAGGCCUCGCCCGAGUCAGAGUCGGAGGACGAGGGUUUGCCCUGCGCCGACUGGGAGAACUAG